AUGGCCAUGGCGACCCAAGCCUCCCUAUUCACCCCCACACUCUCCGGUCCCAACCCCGCCGACCGUCUAGCAUCCCACCGGAAGCAGUCCCUCGCGCAGUUCCCCGCCCUCCGGCCGGCGGCAAAGCCCAUCUCCUCCGCCGCCUACCGCCCAAUCCGCGCCAUGGCCGACGAGGCCCCGGCGGCGACGAAAGAGCCUGAGGCUCCUGCAGGAUUCACCCCGCCGGAGCUCGACCCGAACACCCCGUCGCCGAUCUUCGGCGGCAGCACCGGCGGGCUCCUCCGCAAGGCCCAAGUCGAGGAGUUCUAUGUUAUCACGUGGGACUCCCCGAAGGAGCAGGUGUUUGAGAUGCCGACGGGCGGUGCCGCCAUCAUGCGGCAGGGCCCGAAUCUGCUGAAGCUGGCCCGGAAAGAGCAGUGCCUUGCCCUGGGGACCAGGCUCCGGUCCAAGUACAAGAUAAAGUACCAGUUUUACAGGGUUUUUCCCAACGGGGAGGUGCAGUAUUUGCACCCCAAGGACGGGGUUUACCCGGAGAAAGUCAACGCCGGCAGGACCGGGGUCGGCCAGAACAUGAGGUCCAUCGGCAAGAACGUGAGCCCGAUCGAGGUCAAGUUCACGGGCAAGCAGCCGUAUGAUUUGUGA